CUUGGAUACGUUUGAUAAGCCGUGAGGUCAAAUUUAAGGCAACGAAUCCUAACAAUGACUUCCAUAAAAGAAUUUAGAUCUUUUCAGCUAUGAAUUUUAAGGAUCAUAAUCUUUUUCCAAGCCAAUUUUGACCAUAUAUCGUUUAUUUCCCGAGAAAUUUUCAUAAAUGAAUCAUUUGGUCGAAAGUGGUCAAAAUCAAAGGGUUUAGGUGUUUAACGCCCCCUCUCCUUUCUUCCCUUCCCUUUCAAGCUUGGGCGCAAGAUAUAACUUUGUUUAAAAAUGGCGGUGUAUGAGGUGUUUACUCAACAUGUUACUUAUAAAUACAAAACCACUUUGUGCUCAAAAGCCACGAUAGUUUUAGUGGUGUGCUCUGUUCUUGCAACUUUCGUUCCUCUAUUAAUUUCUUAUAGGAGCAAUGGAUUUUGGUUGAAAACUGAUACUUUUCAGGAACAACCAGACAUUAAGUUUUCUCAUGAUUACUUGCUAGUGCUUCAAACCGAUGUUCCUCAUAACUCAAUUCAGUGCCGAGCUCAGUUUACUUUGACCGACAAUUUUCAGCGUCAUUGUCUUUUCAAGUCACAUGAAGAGGAUGUUAAUCACGAUGGAAAAGUAGAUUUUAUCAAUGUUAACAUGCAAGUCCCUCUACUAAAAAAUGAGUCUGUCUAUUCAGUGUCUCUUAUUUUGACCAUAGACUUCCAUAUAUCCAGCAUUGUUCAACUUGAAAUGAAGUCAUUAGUGCCUUUCCAGUACGUUGGUGCUCUUCCUGGAGCAAGCUUGGAUGCCAUUGCUGAUUUGAAGUUUAUUCAAAAGAAGCCAGUAGACUACAGGAUUGCAGAGUCCAUCUUCAGAUCACCUCUUCUUCUUUCAGACAAAAGCUUAAAGGACUUAUUUUUCACAUAUUCUCAACGCAAUUACAGCACAACCCUUAUAAACUCAUACAGUGUUUGGGCCUUAGGCCGUGAUUUAGAGAAAGCAUUUGAUGUAAAACUUCGAAUUGCUGUACCAGAUAUUUUAAUUGUUUACAGACCUGGGUUCUGGCAGGUCAUCAAGUGGGCCUGGAUACAGUAUGUAUCCAUUUUUAUUAUUGUCUACAGAUUUCUUCAAGUUUUACAGGAAUAUAUCUUCAGCAAUCAACUAGUGCCAACAUAUAAGCUUGUUCCUUGGAAAAUAACUUGACAUUCAGGAAUUAUAACUUUCUUUACUGUAAACUAAGGUGAUUGUGAUAACUAUAUUAAAUACACUAUGAAAUUUUCAUUAUGUUCUUUAAUUGCAUCAAAUGUUACUACCCAUUGAAAAUACAGAUGCUGUCAGUUCUUUAGGGAAACACAAUGGUUCAUACAACCUCUUCUUUAAAACAAACAAAAUAAAAGAAAGAAAGGGAAAAAAAAAAAAAAAA